AUGCCUCCGAAACGCAAGGCUAUCGGUGCCGUCACAGGCGGUGGCAAGGUUGGUAAAGGAUCACGAGUCUCGACACCAGCUGGAGCCGCCACCCCGAGGAGCAUUGGUAGCGACAAUGAAUCUUCCGCAGCGGAGGCGUUGAGCGAGGGAGAGGAGGACGUGAACAUUGAGAAGAACGUGGGGCAUUUCUCCGUAGAAGGAUAUGAGCGCCCCUCAAAGUCUGCGACCUCGCACAUCUUUGGCAAGCGCGAUUACUCCUACCUCAGUCUGAAGCCGGACUUUCAGAACAGACCGCUAUGGAUCGAUGCGAGCAAAGCGAGGAUCUUCCUCGAGAGCUUCAGCCCCCUUGCCCAGCAGUGCCAGGACUUCCUCAUCACCAUUGCCGAGCCCAUCUCCCGACCUUCCUUCGUUCACGAGUACGCCCUUUCGCCUCACAGUCUAUAUGCUGCCGUCUCCGUUGGUCUAUCGCCCGCCGAUAUCAUCAAUACCCUCGAGCGAUUCCUCAAGACGCCGCUGCCUAAACAGAUUCGAGAAUUCAUUGAAGGAUGCACAGCCAGUUUCGGCAAGGUCAAGCUCGUCUUGAAGAAUACCAAGUACUUCGUUGAAAGUGCAGACCCUGUCGUUUUGCAGAAGCUGUUGCAGGAUCCCAUCAUCGGACCUCUUCGAACCCACACAGGCAGUGGCGCGAUCACGACUACCGCUGCUCCAAAGCAGGCGCCCCUCGUCAUCCCUGGCACUACCAAUGCCGCCGGCGUGCGCCAGGCAGGACAAGCGAACAAUGCACAAGGCGCCGACGCCGAGAAGGCCAAGGAGGACGAGGUGUAUGCUGCGUUGAACGACGAUGAUGACGAGGAGGCCGAAGUCACGCAUUCCUUUGAAAUUCCGGAUUCCGCUGUUGAGGACGUCCAGAAGAGGUGUCUCGAUCUGCAAUAUCCUGUGCUUGAGGAGUAUGACUUUAGGAAAGACGAAUUCAAUGCGAACCUGGAGAUCGACCUGCGGCCUGGCGCGCAGAUUCGUCCCUACCAGGAGAAGAGUCUGAGUAAGAUGUUUGGUAACGGUCGCGCCAAGAGUGGAAUCAUCGUCUUGCCAUGUGGCGCUGGCAAAACGCUCGUCGGUAUCACGGCGGCGUGCACAGUGAAGAAGGGUGUCAUCGUGCUCUGCACGAGCUCCAUGUCGGUCGUCCAAUGGCGAAACGAGUUCCUGAAAUGGUCCAACAUCAAGCCAGAAGACAUUGCGGCCUUCACGUCAGACAACAAGGGACAGACCUUUACAGGCUCUACGGGUAUCAUCGUGACAACCUACUCCAUGGUAACGCAGACCAGGGAGAGGUCGCAUGAGGCGAAAAAGAUGAUGGACUUCCUCCAGCAUCGCGAGUGGGGACUCAUGCUGCUCGACGAGGUCCACGUCGUACCGGCCAAUAUUUUCCGAAAGGUGACAUCGUCAAUCAAGACGCACUCCAAACUCGGUCUCACGGCUACGCUUCUUCGUGAGGAUGACAAGAUCUCGGAUCUCAACUUUCUGAUCGGCCCCAAGUUCGAUCGCUGCUCUACAUCAUGA